AUGAAAUCAGACGAUCUCAUCGGAAACACAAUUGAUUUUUCCUCAGGACCAAUCACAAUUUCCACAAAAUUAUCAGAGUCCUCAAACUGUCAAAGCUACUUAUCUUUUGACCCUUCAAGUGCCUCUCGUGUUGUGAAAUAUAUUUCUUUAUCAUCAAAUUCCGGAUUUGCAUAUUACUAUCACGAGCUCCCAUCAUAUCAACUUAUCGGGCCCCACCAAAACAUUUCGUCUUUACUUGACUAUAAAUUUGAAUCUGAGAAUAACUCAGCUUACCUUUUAUUUGACUAUUACACCAGAGGAGAUUUAAGCUGCAUUAUGGCAAAGAAUCGAUUAAAAGAAUCUCAUAUUCGUCAAAUUGUUAUUGACCUUUGUUCAGCAUUAGAAGUCAUCCAUAGCAAAGAUAUCGUCCAUAUGGACCUUAGGCCUGAAAAUAUUUUGAUUGGAAACGAUGGAAACGUAAAAGUUUGUGACUUUGGAUCUGCUAUAAAAGAAGAGCUUUAUGGGCUUGACCAGGAAGCUAUGCACUUGUGGAUCCAAGAUCAUACCCAUCCAACAUUCAGACCUCCUGAAUUGCUAAAUGUUUAUUCAGGAAUUCCAAUAACUUCUUCUAUUGAUAUGUGGGAGCUGGGCUGCUUAAUUUAUUUGCUGCUGUUUUAUAGAGCGCCUUUUGAAUUAAAUGAUUUCAAUAGCCAAUUCAAUGGAAGAUUUUUAUAUCAAGAAUCUUUAAAGGAACCGUGGAAAACAAUUUUGGAAAAUUUAUUUCAAGUAAACCCAGAACAGAGAGCUCACCCUAAGAGCAUAAAAGAGAUUUUAGAAGGAAAUUGAGACGGCAACAGAAAACCAGAAAUUGUUAUGGAAAAGAGAAAAUUGGCAGUAAAGUGAAUACUUACAGUUAAAGAUACUUCAAAGUCUACUAAAUCACUGGUCAAAAAUAUCACAGCAAAUAAUGAGAAGCAAACUGUUCUUAACUGAAUGGAAACAUUGAUUCGAAAAGCUCAUCAAGACCCCAGAAAAGUCGAAAAAGUUUAUAAUUCCUUAUCUAUGAGGCCGUUCAGAAAAAUUUCUGUAGCUCUAAAAUCAUUGGGACUAUUACACACAUAUUUAUUAACUGUACCAUUUUCAGCAUUCACAUGAGGAAAAAAUACGGCUCAAACUAUCUUAUUAUCAAUAAACCAAGUGCAAUUAUCGAAAGAUUCAAAAAUAAAUUCAAAUGAUUUUGCAUAUUUUGAAGAACUGAUUCAUGGAUACUCAAGUUUACUCAUCAAUAAAUUGAGCAUUCACUAUGAAACUUCUACUAAAAGUGAUUGGAUUGGCUCCACAAUAAAAUCUGAAAGCAUCCAUCCAAUGCUUGAUUAUUGGCAGCAACUUUUAAUACCAAUAACUGGAUUUUUAUUGGAUGAUAUAAGUUAUUUAAAAGAAAUAAGGCUUGAUAUUGCAAAGAUAGUUAUUGAUGAAAUUUGUCUAUUAUCAUCAGCUAUGAAAAAUGACAAUCAAAAUAAAAAUAGCAGAGACCAAAUUCCUGAUUUUCUUGCAAGAUAUCGUGCAAAUUAUAAUAGAUCAGAAGCUUUAGUUGAAAGAUUAAAAAGGAUGAGACCGAGUGCAAUUUUAACGAAACUGCCAGGAAGAAUUAGGGAAAAAAUUGUGAGAGAAAGCCUAGAAGAAGGAAGACUAUACUAA